AUGAAGGUGAUCAUUUUCACUCUUUUUAUUUGCCCAUUAAUUCGGGGCGAUCUCGAGCAUAUCAAAGAAAUCGGUUUUAAAUUUUGGCUUGAACCGGGUAUUCAAGAAUGUUAUCAUGAACUAUUAGAAAAAGAUUCCCGAAUCUAUUUCAUGUAUGAAAUCUUGAAUGCUAAUACGCCUGAUGAUCGUAUCGUCGCCUUUUUUCGAAAUGCAUACAAUGGAAGUGUGCUUGCUCUAUCUCGAACACCCCAACGAGGUCAUUUAGAUUUGACUAUCAAUGAAACAACGUUGAUCGAUAUCUGUAUGGAUCAUGAAACUACAGACCAUUAUGGAAAGUACAUGUCUGUCUUCCUUCAUGUUUAUCAAGUUGAUAAAGUAUUAGAAAAGAUCAAAGAGAUUGAACAUUUCGAUAAUGUCUCGAGUGCUGCUCGUAAUGCAAUUAGAUCAAUCACGCAUCAUAUAAUGGUCUCCCGCGAGCAUCAAAUCGAACUUGAAAUGCUGAAUCAGAAAGAUUUGUAUCUACUAGAAGAAACCUUCUUUUGGAUCAAUCGAUGGGCAUCCGUCCACAUUCUCAUCAUUUUCGAAAUACAAAUGCCUGGGCAUGAAGGACAACUGAAACUAGAACAAUGUUUACAGGAGAUUAUAUCGCUACUCAGUGCGGCUAUAAAUAAACUCAAGCCAGUACCUUCUUCGCAAGUAGAUGCCACUUCCGAUGGCCAUUCGACAAACUCUGCGUUGGAUAUGAAUACUCAUUCAUUCUCGUUGGAUGCGUUAGAGCAGGAUGUGAUGCAACAACUACAAACCGACAUAGAAGAAAUUUUGAAAAAAAAAGAUAUUCCUCGUUGGUUGGACAACUGUAAAAAUUACCUGUUGAAUUUCUUAUACGAAUUUGAUUAUAACAAUGAAAACCAUCAAUUUAAUAGUUCUUUCAAUGUCAGUACAAUCGAUUCAUUUCUAUACGAAGCACAAGGUGUGUUUCAUUCGUUAAAAAGUUUCCAAGCAGCAUGGGAUGGAAAACUUGAACAAGUAAAAAGUUUUCUUGAAAAAUAUCCGAAUUUCAAGGACAAAUCCGGUCUUUUCGGUACAACACUGUUAUAUUCAGCUGCGCGAAACAAUCAUAUGCAUGUAGUGAAGUAUCUGAUCGAAGACGGACGAUGUUCAGUGAACGCACAAAACCAACAACACAUUGCACGAGCGCUGCCAGGUGCCACAACAUUUUCUACUGAGGAUUGCUCUGCGAAUCCUACGGCGGGUUCAACAGCAUUGCAUGGCGCUUGCUUUCAAGGACAUUUACAAAUAGUGAAGUAUUUAGUUGAACACAAGGCGAAUUAUUAUCUUUUAAACCAUGCUUGUGAAACACCCAUCAUGAAUGCCCGUAGUCGAGAGAAUAUCUUGAAAUUUUUUAAUGAUUAUUUAGUUCUUGGCUAUUCGCUACAGACAAUUGAUUUACCCGAAAAACCUAUUGAUGACGAUGCAAUACGAAUUGUCGACUGCUUUUGGGAAUACAAACCAUGUGCCGACAAAAACUGGUAUAAAUUCAGUGCGCCCGAAGCUGGUACAUUACAGAGGGCUCUGACAAUCGAAUCUGAAGAGAAAUUCAAACAAGAAAUUCAUCUGGUUGUCAGCAAAGGCGUUUAUAGUGUUUCGAUGAUUAAGUUUUUACGUUCCGGUAAAGAUCAAGACUACAAACAGAACUUAGCGUGGGUUCGUUGUCGGGGCUCGUCAAUAUUAAACUUUGGCUGCUAUGCCGUUUGGCAAAUCAUGUUUCUUCAACAUCCGCAGGGCAAAUCUGGCUCCACUCUAGACAUGUGGCCAAUACCGAUUCUAUAUGACAGCACUUUUGUCCUUCAUUUGAGUUCAUGGUAUUAUUGUGAUGCGCGGACAAGCGAUCAGCUGGAAAAGACGAUGAGUUUUCGACGAAAAGAAGUUACUUUGAAAUUACCCCUGUAUGACCAAGAUGAAGUAACAUUUAAUCUUCAAACGUUUGCAUUUGCCAAUAGUGAAAAUACCAUUCGAGGGUAUAUUCGGUGGAUACCAAAAAUGAUCUCGAACAAUCCAAGACAUAGGGAUAAAAUAAUUAGUAUUGAUCAAUAUGAGACUUUGGCGAACUUGGAUCCUGUACCAUUAACAACUGCCCGUUUCAAACGAAUCUCAGCAGCUACGGCUCACGCAUUAACAAAAGAUGACGACGAAGAGUUGGAUAAUUUUAAUAACGAUGGCGACGGCGAUGACGGCACUGAUGUAUAUAAUACCAUACCGUAUGAUGAUGGUGAUGAAGAGAUUGAUGCUUCAGACAAGACAUUGGAAACGCCAGUUACUAUUCCACGAUCGAUCUCUGAUCUUCUUAAACCUGCGGCCGACAUAAUUUCGAACGAUGAUUGUUCACCAACUCCUGUCACAACUACAGAAUCAGUGACAACCAAGUCAAGUAGUUCAUCUUCUACUGAACUAGCCGACAAUAGCAUCGAAGAUUGUAUCAAUGAAGCUGCCGCAAAUGAUUAUUCCACAAAAGAAAACGCUCUAGAUGAGAAAACAUCUCCAUCCGUGAAUGACAAAAUAGUAGCUGCGAUGAAUGAUGAAUUAAUAGCACUCAAACAAAAAAAUAACCAACUAGAACAGCAAAUUGAACAACAACAAAAUCAAGUACAGCGUAUGCUUGAGUCGAGCAGUGUUCAAUCAGCGAACUACGAACACGAGUUAGCUAGUCUAUUCGAAUGCUUAGAACGUAUGAAAGCAGAACAGGAUGAAAAUAAACGCAAACAAGAGAGACUCCAGAAACUGUCGAAUAGUAUCAAAUCAGCUGAAUAUAAAAACAUUCAAGAAGAAGUCAUACACGAUUUCUUUACACCAAAACAACACCUUAUUUUGAAAAAGCUGAGAGAAGCAGUUCUGCUUCUGGACCCAUCAUUUGCCGAUCGAAUUCCAAAACUACUCUUUCACAAACAAGAUGGACAAUACAUCGUUGUUAUCACCGGUUUCCCUAAACAUCACGAUGAAUUCAAAGCCGUACUUCGACGUAUAUGGACGUUAUUAAAUGUAGCUAAAUCCGCCAAAGAAUUUUAUCAGCGUCAACUGAAUCGGACGAUGAAAACCAUGAUGCAAGAUGUUUUGAGCAAAGUGAAGACUCGUGCACAGGCGUGGCACGAAUACAAGCAAUUGUUCGGCGAAUUCUUACGCGAGAAAACAGUUGAAUACAAGAAGCAAUUCGAUGAACAUCUUCGAAAAAUAUUAUUAUCACUACAGGACUCAUGUAUUCAAGAUACCUUAUUGGAGCCGUGGAAAGAUAUACAAAGGGAAACAAAUGAUUUCAUGAAGAAUAUGGCGAUUAUGAGUGAAAUUGAAGGAUUGAAACAGAAAGCAUUAGACGAAUUUAUAAAACAAAAUAUAAGUAUGCAACGUUUGAAGCUUGAUUCCGAGCCAACCGUAAAAUCAGCACGAGUCGUGGAGAAUUUCAUUCAAAAAGUUCGAAAUGAGCUGCGAACAGAAAAGAAAUAUCACGGAUGUACAGUCCAAGAAUUUUUCUUAAUACCGAAACUAUUAGAACGAUUGAUGUUGUAUCAUUCAUGUUUCAAAUUACAAUUACCGUUGUACGAAUCAUCGGAGACAC